UAUAUAUGUAAAUAUGCACAUGCAUGUGUAUAUGCAUACAUGUUUAAUAAAUUCACGCUCAUAGAUAACCAUUCAUUUCAAAAGCUAAUAGCAGCGAAAAGCAAACAGCCAUGUUUUGCUUUGGACAGAGCCAGGGGUUAUUGUUCGAAUCGGUGGAAAACGUUUUCCAUAGAGCCAUGGCCUUUACGAAACACUCACUCCUGGUAAUGAUGAUGAUGAUGUCGCUAAUAGCACACGGAAAUUGUCACGUAUGUGGUCCGCCGGCAGUGCCGCUAAAUGCCAAAGUUCGCACAGUGUCCGGUGAGACGGGCAUAUCGGAGGCGCAUUACACAUGCGAUGCCGGCUACGAGCUAUUCGGAUCGCCAACAGUGAAAUGUGAUGCGCGGACCGGUUGGGAGCGAGAGCUGCCCUUCUGUGGUGUCAAUGUCGCCUACCGGAAGCCAGUUAAUCAGAGCUCCUAUACGCGCAGUGGACCGGCCAGCUAUGCAAACGAUGGCAAGCCAGGCAACAAGAACCCAGAUGGGCAGGAGUGCUCCGAAACGCAAAAGGAGCCAUCGCCAUGGUGGCGUGUUGAUCUCUUGGCACCGCAGGCGGUGCAUGUGGUGCGGAUUACGACGCGCGGCUGCUGCGGCCACCAGCCGCUGCAGGACCUGGAGAUACGUGUGGGCAAUAGCAGUGCGGACUUGCAACGGAAUCCACUGUGCGCCUGGUAUCCGGGCACACUCGACGAGGGCAUUGUGAAGACUUUCACUUGCGCCCGGCCGCUCGUUGGCCAAUAUGUGGCCAUACAGCUGGUCGGUGUCGAGGGCAGUUUGAGUUUGUGUGAGGUGGAGACUUUUACAAAUGAUGAAUUUUCGGUCGAUCGCUGUCUCAGCCCCAAAAUUGGCGUUGAUACCGUUGUGACGACAUUCUCCAAGACAUGCUACGACUUUCAUAUAACGAAAGGAGAAAGCUUCGAAAAAGCUCAAGCCAUCUGCAAGCAAACAGGUGGCAACCUCGUGCACGAGUUUCGCGGCGCGACCAGUCAAUACAUUUUAUCGGAAUUGGAGCGCCGAAAGUCGGAGCUGAAACCGCAAUUGGUCUGGAUUGGCGCACAAAAGGAGCCGGGCAUAACGUCACGCACCUGGAAAUGGGUGAAUGGCGAAGUGGUGCAGAAGCCGGCAUGGGGCAAGGAUCAGCCGAAUAACUACAAUGGCGAGCAAAACUGCGUUGUCUUCGACGGCGGGCGCAAUUGGCUCUGGAACGAUGUUGGGUGCAAUCUGGACUACUUGCAUUUCAUAUGCCAACACACGCCUUUGUCCUGCGGCUCACCGGAUGCACAGCAAAACACGACAGUCUCGGGCAAGAAGUUCACACUGGGCGAAAAGAUUCAAUACGACUGCCCCAAGGGCCACUCGCUGCUGGGCCACGCCGAGCGCGAGUGCAAAUCCGAUGGCACCUGGAGCCAUUCAGCGCCCAGCUGCAAAUAUGUGGAUUGCGGCCCACUGCCAGAGCUGAAAUUCGGCUCGAUACACCUGUCUGAGGACCGCACCAGCUACGGCGUGGUGGCCACGUACAGCUGCCACGAGAACUACACGCUGAUUGGCAACGAGAAUCGCACCUGCCUGCAGGACGGCUGGAAUGGCAAGCAGCCGGAGUGCCUCGUCGAUUGGUGUCCAGAUCCCCAGCAGAUAACCGGCGGCCAUGUGAAGUUCAAUGACAAGCGAGCCGGCUCCACGGCCACAUAUGUGUGUGAGCCGGGCUACGUGCUCGUCGGCGAGGCCAUUAUUUCCUGUGGCUUGGGUGGCGAGUGGUCGAGCAAGACGCCUUCGUGCCGAUUUGUGGAUUGCGGCGCACCCGCGCGCCCAGAUCGUGGCAUAUCGAUACUGGUGAACGGCACCACGACCGUCGACUCGGUGGUGAGGUACGAGUGCGACGAGGAUCACUGGCUGGACGGGCCGUCGGAGCUCUAUUGCACCAGGGAUGGCAAGUGGUCCGGCGAGGCGCCUGUCUGCGAGCUGGUCACGUGCGAGACGCCGCAAGUGCCAGCCGGUGCCUUUGUCAUCGGCUACGACUACAACGUCCACUCGAAGAUACAGUACAACUGUGAUCCGGGCUACAUAAUGCACGGAAAUCCGGUGCUCGAAUGCCUGGACACAGGCGAUUGGAGCUCCGACGCGCCCUACUGUGAAUAUAUCGACUGUGGCACCAUAUUGCCCAUACCCUAUGGCACCAUCAAGUACGUGUCCAACACCACGCACGUCGGCUCCGAGGUGAUCUUCAGCUGCGCGCCGUCCCACAAGCUGAGCGGCCCGCUCAAGCGCAAAUGCCUGGAGACGGGCAUCUGGAGCGAUGCCUCGCCCAAAUGCGAAGAAAUUCGCUGUCACGAACCUUUGUUGCCCACGCAUAGCCUGUUGUCCGUCACCGGCAAUGAUCGCAUGUACGGCCGUACUCUCAUACGGACAGCCGAUUCCACACAGAACACGGCGCAGACAUACAAAAUUGGAGCGCUGGCGAAAUACCGUUGUGAGCGUGGGUAUAAAAUGGUGGGCGAGGCACUGGCUACCUGCACGGAUAACGGCCAGUGGAGCGGCAUCAUACCGGAGUGUGUCUAUGUGGAGUGUGGAGCGCCGGAGAACAUAACGAACGGCAAGGUGACCUUGGCCACGAAUGCCACCUACUAUGGCGCCGCUGUGCUGUACGAGUGCAAUGUCAACUACAAGCUGAACGGCGUCUCGCGGCGAUUGUGCACGGAGCAUGGCAACUGGAGCCACGAGGCGCCCAAGUGCGUUGAGGUUGUCUGCGAUUUGCCAAAUGUGAGCGACGGCCUGAUUGUCGAGGCGGAGGUGCGGGCUGUCGGCUCGGCGGCGCUCUUCAAGUGCGCCAAGGGACGCAUUCUGAUGGGCAACGAUACGCGCAUCUGCCAGAAGAAUGGCAAGUGGUCGGGCAAGAAUCCGACCUGCCGACCUGUGGACUGCGGACGACCGUUAGCCAUUGACAACGGGCGCGUGAUUGUGGUCAACGACUCGACGCUAUACGGCGGCUCCGCCGAGUACCACUGCAUACCCAACUACCAGCGCAUCGGACAGUAUUUGCGAAAGUGCACCGAGGAGGGCGCUUGGAGCGGCAAGCAGCCGCGCUGCGAGCUGGCGACCGUCGAGGGCCAAGAGAGCUCGGAGCUGGGCACGGGCGUGGCAAUCGGCGCCACAGUAAUUGUCGCCUUGCUGGUCAUCUUUGGCCUCAUAUUCCUGUAUCGCAACAAGGCGCGGCCCGUCAAGAACACGGAGAAUAUUCAGGCGGCCGAAACGAAAGAUGAACGCAACGCUGCGGUCAUGUCCUACUCCACGCUGGAGGCAAACAACCGCAUGCACAUGGACAACAAUCCAUCGGCGACGUUCAACACAUUCCAAGGCGGAGCCGCGCAUCGGGGAGCCCGCAAUAAUGACAGCGCUGUGGGCGGCGAACGGGUGAACAAUCGCUCAGAGAACAUCUACGACCAGAUACCAAAUGAACAGUUCUACGAUGCGCCCUACGAGAUGCGCACCAACGAUGAGGUAUACGAGCCGGAGCCAGUGUCCAACAAUGUGAUCACCAUCAAUGGCAUUUCAGUGCGAUAAGGAGCAUGCGGCUGCUGGCUCGCUCCCAACGAGCCCCAAUAUGCGCACGCAUGCGUCAUUAAUGUUAACUCGUGUUUAUAUAUGUAUAUAGUAAUUUUAGAGAGAGAACGUGAAAGUAGAUCGAAGUAUUCCAAUGACCAUUCAACGCCCACUACCCACGCUAGACACACUGAACACGAAAUACUGUUUUAACUUUUGUAAUUAAAGACCAGAACACAAUCGUGAGUAAAAUGCUCCUCUGGUCCAUUACUGUAACAUCAGCACUGACUGCCCAGUCCGUCUCUCUGUCUGUCUGUCUGACUCUGRAACAUUAGCUAAUUCAUUUGAGAUGUAUCAAUAUCCAGUAAUUGAUUAGAUCGAGAUUCAUUUCGUAUACUUUUCUAUACCACUGGGUGCCAUAUUUAAGCCCUGAAAACUUCAUUUCGACUGGACUGAAACGAAAACUGAGAGCAGAAUGCGAGAGACUCUGAUUGUGUGGAUGUGUGUAACAAGAAUGCUGCUCGCUGGCUGGGUACAGGGUAUCUGCUAG